GGAAAGAUCAGUCAGCGCGGCUCGCAUCGCUCUCCUUCUCCAGCAGCGUGCUUGUUUUACCUCGAUGAUGUGGUGCACUAUGGAGCUUUCUCUGGGUUUAUCGUCACGGGGGUUCUAGACUUCGCUUUGCGUGACUGUUCUUGCCUCGUCUGUGCGGUUCUGAUCACUACCAAUCGGCCGUAUGGAGACCAAGAGCCAAGGUUUCCGCGCUAUUUACAGAGCUAGUAUGCCAUGGAGCAUCACGUGCAGAGCGUCCAUGUCCCGACCGCGAAUGACUUCCGCCGAUCUGUUGCAAAGGUGCAUCUGGAAGAUUGGCGGGCGUGGCGCGCGUCACACCAACCACAGGGAGCUGAGAAUCCCCCAGCCCUCAAAUUGGUC